AUGACGCUCGCCCGCUUCGUGGUGACUCUGGUUUUAGGGACGCUCCCCGAGGUGGUCAGCUUCGGUCCGGUCCUCAGCUAUCCUCUCCACCAUCGCCACCGCCUUUCGCCGCCUCCGGGUCCCCAGUACCCUGAUUACCUUGGCACCCAGCGGCGGCAACAGAGGACGCCUCUGCCACCCGGUCUCCCGCGCGUCCCGCGCCCCCAGCGGGCGCUGCCCGCCCAGCGCCUGCACGCGCUCCAGGCUGGGCACACGCCCCGGCCGCACCCGCGGGGCUGCCCCGCAGGAGAGCCCUGGGUCAACGUGACGGACUUCGGCGCCCCGUGUCUGCGAUGGGCAGAGGUGCCACCCUUCCUGGAGCGGUCGCCCCCGGCGGGAUGGGCUCAGCUGCGAGGCCAGCGCCACAACUUUUGUCGGAGCCCCGACGGCGCGGGCCGACCCUGGUGCUUCUACGGGAACGCCCACGGCAAGGUGGACUGGGGCUACUGCGACUGCAGACCCGGGUCAGUUCAACUUCAUGGCGUCAAAAAAAUGAAUUUAAAGGCACAGUGGAAGUAUAUGCAAGCAGAGUCUGGGGUACGGUUUGUAGCAGUCACUGGGAUGAUUCUGAUGCCUCGGUCACUGUCACCAGCAGUAGCUGGAAGGGGAAGGAAUAGCAAAACAAACCCUGUUUCAGGACUGGGCCUUAUUCCCAUUUAUUGGAGCAAUGUUCGUUGCCGAGGAGAUGAAGAAAAUAUACUGCUUUGUGAAAAAGACAUCUGGCAGGGUGGGGUGUGUCCUCAGAAAAUGGCAGCUGCUAUCACGUGUAGCUUUUCCCAUGGCCUAGUGUUCCCCGUCAUUCGCCUUGCUGGUGGGAGCAGUGUACGUGAAGGUCGGGUGGAGCUCUAUCACGCCGGCCAGUGGGGGACCGUCUGCGAUGACCAGUGGGAUGAUGCAGAUGCAGAAGUGAUCUGCAGGCAGCUGGGCCUCAG